ACGGAGUUCACUGCGGAUAUUAUGAGAGAUGAAUGUGACGACGUUGCGUCAUUUCGACGUCGUGCGUGCGCGCAGCCGAACAUGGCGACGUCCCUCGGCUCAAACACCUACAACAGACAGAACUGGGAAGAUUCGGACUUCCCUAUUCUCUGUCAAACAUGUCUCGGGGAAAAUCCAUACAUUCGCAUGACUAAGGAAAAGUAUGGCAAAGAAUGCAAGAUAUGUGCUCGUCCCUUCACCGUCUUCCGCUGGUGUCCCGGCGUACGCAUGCGCUUCAAGAAGACGGAGGUGUGUCAGACCUGCAGUAAGAUGAAGAACGUGUGCCAGACCUGUCUCCUGGACCUGGAGUACGGUCUUCCGAUCCAGGUCAGAGACACAAGCUUGUCGAUUAAAGACGACAUGCCGAGAUCCGACGUCAACAGGGAAUACUACACCCAGAACAAGGAGAGAGAGAUUCAGAACUCUGACGGCACCCGACCGCUGGGGAUUCUGGGUAAAUCACAGAGCCCCAGUGACAUGCUGCUAAAGCUGGCGAGAACCACACCGUAUUACAAACGCAACCUACCCCACAUCUGCUCCUUCUGGGUGAAGGGAGAGUGCAGGAGAGGAGAGGAGUGUCCGUACAGACAUGAGAAGCCCACAGACCCUGAGGAUCCUCUGGCCGAUCAGAACAUUAAAGAUCGUUAUUACGGCAUCAACGACCCGGUGGCGGAUAAACUCCUGAAGAGAGCGUCCACCAUGCCUCGACUGGAGCUUCCCGAGGACAAGUCCAUCACUACACUUUACGUCGGAGGACUGGGAGAAAACGUCACGGACUCUGAUCUCAGGAAUCAUUUCUACCAGUUCGGUGAGAUCCGUGCGAUCACGCUGGUUGAGAGACAGCAGUGUGCGUUCGUUCAGUUUGUGACUCGAGAGGGCGCUGAGCUCGCAGUGGAGAAGUCCUUCAAUAAGCUGGUCAUUAACGGGCUGAGGCUGGUGGUGAAGUGGGGGCGCGUGCAGACUGCCAGAGGGCCAGACGCCCAGGAAGGGUUCAGUGAGAUGGGCACCAGACUACACCCAGUCCCGGGUCUCCCUACGACUCUACCGCCAGCGUCUGCUCUAGAGGAGGAAGCGUCUGCCAACUAUUUUAACCUGGACCCGAGCAUCUCUCCUGCGCUCAUGAACAUCAGUCUGCCGCCAAACCCGCCAGCGCCCGGUUUUCUCCAACCCAUGUGUCCCCCUCCACCGCCUCCUCCGACGGGUUUGAGACCUCCAGGCCACAUCCAUUACCCUUCCCAGGAUCCUCAUCGCAUGGGUGCGCACGCUGCGGUUCGCCACAGUGACUGAUAAGAUGACUGUUGUUGAACUGUGACGGUGAUGUCAUCACUGAGUGAUUGACUGGAACACUAUGGGAAGUGCCUGUACUGGUAAUAUGGGAGUGUGAUUGGGCGCUGCUGUUGUAAAUGCAGUGGCAGGUGUGUGUUACAAUCAUGCCUCAGUCACAUGGUAUUUACAAAGCAAGCUCACCAACAAAUAGUUUACCGUGCACAAAACCUGCACUCUCUCUGCCUUCUGAUUGCUGGAAGCUGCUGAAUCUGUGAGCUUUUUGUUCAGAAGACACGACUCACAGUGAGUUUACAUUGAAAACCAAGCACUGUUUACCAAUAUGCAUUUGCAUUUAGA